GUAGCAGAGCAAACAUUUCCAGCAUUUGGAACCAAGAAGAGAAGAAGAAAAUAUAACAGAACAAAGGAGUAGCUUGGUAACCAGUAUUUGUGAGAACAUCUUUUGUCGACAUCCUUCCUGGUAUAAACAAGCAAUAUAUUCAUUUUUGCAUCUGUCCAUCAGCUCCUUGGCAUUUCCAUCUUUCCUUAAAAGAUAAAAAUGAGCUGGGGAUUCCUGCGUGAUGUGCUGAGUGGUGUGAAUAAAUAUUCAACAGGAAUUGGAAGAAUCUGGGUAGCGGUUGUGUUCAUAUUCCGCUUACUGGUUUACAUGGCGGCUGCAGAAAAUAUCUGGAAAUAUGAACAUGAUGAAUUUGAAUGCAAUAUCGAGCAGCCUGGCUGUGAAAAUGUCUGCUUUGAUCACUUCUUCCCCGUCUCCCACAUCAGACUUUGGGCUUUGCAAUUAAUCGUGGUCUCCGCCCCUUCUCUCUUGGUUGUUUUUCACGUCGCAUACCGAGAAAACAGAGAGAAACAUCACAACCAGAAACUUUAUAGAAAUCCAGGAGAGAGAGACGGCGGGUUGCUGUGCACUUACCUUAUCAGCCUUAUUUUAAAAACAGGAUUUGAAAUAGUUUUUCUUGUUCUGUUUUACAAAUUGUACAAUGGAUUCAAAGUACCGCGUCUUGUGAAAUGUGACAUAAGACCAUGUCCCAAUACCGUAGACUGCUAUAUCUCCAAACCCACAGAGAAGAUGAUUUUCCUCUACUUUCUGGUGGCAACUUCAUGCCUGUGCAUUGUAUUAAACCUAAGUGAACUGAGUUAUCUCAUUUGCAAAUACUCCCUGAAACGUUAUCUGAAGAGGCACAAGAAACAUCAAGGCUCAAAGAGUGAUUGCCACGAAUUAGGAAUCAUCGGUCACCGCAGAGCAGCAGCCACAGGACGGUUCCACAGCAGCCCCUCGUCCUUGCCCCUGAAUAUACAAGAUGAACGUGAAAGAAGUUUCCCAUUGACUUGAAAGGCAGCUGGAGAUCACUGUCUCGUGACACAAGCUGUACCUGACAAAUUGCUUUUCCAAUCAGUGCUUUAUGGAACUGAAAGGUUAGUUACAUAGGACACAGUUUCCUCUAUUAGUUCCCCCUUACUCGAGCUGAUAAAUUCAGUCGCGUCCUGUAUGUCAUACAUAGAAUCAUCUGGGUCUUUUCAUGUUGAAACAAGGUGUGGAAGCUUAAAAUUCCACGAAGUUUUAAUAUAAACACAGAUACUUAUGACAAAUCACGCUGAAACAAUUGCUUUGGUACAAGCGAAAAGAGGCUUUUAGUACUCAGAGCUGGGAGAACUCAGGGUGGGUUAAGAUGCCGAGCAGCGAGGGUACCUGCAGUGUUUGUUAGGUGGGUGGGUUUGGUAACUGUUGAAAAAGCAGUGGGAAAGAGCUGGUGGAGUGGCUGCUGGUGUCUCGAAGCGAGCUGGGUGGUCAUAAGCCACCAUAAAACAUCUCAAACAAAGGAAAACAAGAGAAGGCAGAUGCAUCUUGUUUAGCCCACAGGGACAAAGACAGACCUGGUUAUUUGUUUGUGGAGCGCUUCCUUCUGGAGGUGUUUGAGCCCUUUGAUUUCUCUGUCACAGAAGAACACAUGAAAUCCAGAAACACGAAAAGCCUCCAGUAGAAACAAAAUAAAAAAAGAAUCACUCUUCCCUCCCCCAAAUUCGUGAAUAUCUCUGAAACACCACAGGUCUCUGCUCUUUAUUACGGACAUUGCUUGGGCUAAUGGGAAGGGACAGAAAUUAGCCAAGACGUGCCUUCUGUCGAACCCAGACUUAAGACAAUAGGAAUUAAUGUAAAAAAUGACUUGUUUUAGGUUAGUUUUCUCCAUCCAUUGCUGGGAAGAAAGACCUUAGGACACACAUCAGAACUGGCUGAAUCAAAAUACACCGUUUAGAGAAAAACACCACCUGCCAUAAGCAAAACUACCUGAUGUUGAACUGGUUUUAUCGUUCAUGCCAGGAUAAAGAGGAGGAAAUGGCAGCAAAAGAAUUUUACCUAUUUUUUCACUCCAAAAAAACUCCAGCUUUGGUUACAAAGCAUUGCUUUUAUAAGCACUCAGGUAACCGUGACAGAAACAAUGUUAAGAACUAAUGGACAAAUGAUAUGCUUUUGACUGUGAUUUUCAAGCUUUAUUUUGAAAACACCUUUGCUGCUGCUGAGCUUCCCAGCAAGAGGAGCCCUCGGGCACUGGCUUGCCAGCUUGUGGCCGGUUUGUUUUAAGCCUCAAGUGACAGUGGAUCAGUGCUGGGAACUGUGACCGACAUGGUUUGAAUAACCAAGAACAAAACCCCAAAUUAUCUUGGCCCUUUUAU